AUGUUCCAGCAGUACAAAAUCAACACCAACGGGUCCAGUACGAGUUCGCUACAUGAAUCGGCUUGGGAGCAGUCAAGAGUUCGUCAAGCUGUUUGGCAAUCUCCAACGAAGCCUGGGUCUCCGGCAAUAGCCCCUCUUGGUGCACAACUCUACGUCCCUUCGGACCCCAGCUACUUCGACCUGAGAUAUUUGGUCAUCAUCCUCCUUGAUCUCACCAUCAUCCAGCCCCUCCAGCUCACCAUCCGGCUCUUUCUCCGUCACUUCACCUUUUUCGACACCGACAUCGGUCUUG